GGGCUUUAGGGCGUCUUGGUAGGGCGUUUCGUCGGAUAAGGUAGGAAACACCGCGGGCUUUGAGAUGGACGCACUUUAGACCGCGCUGAUAAAUCGACUUUGUUGCUAAACAUGUUGCUUCAAUAGACACCCCCACUGUCCUGGAGCAUUGAGCCUAGAGAUAGAGGUUUCGAUCCAAUAGCCGUUUGAUUUGUUGCUCGCCAUGCUCCAUAUCGCCUUCUAGAUGCCGAGGUGUUUGUUACCAACCGACCUUACCCUGCCCACUGCCCGCAUCGACAGCUUUACAAAUCAGGACAAGUCUCACUCGACUGCUGUGACGACACGGAAUAUAGGUUCCCGGGGUUCGAUCCGGCGCUUUUAGCCUUGUAGAUAAAACCCCUUGACGACCCUUCUCAGAUCUGUCUUUCUGCCCGCUUGCCUGUCAACAGUUCAUCAACUCGAAACCACUGGCCAAACGUCCCACCCCCUCCGCUUCCAAACGAAGCAUCGCCAGAAAACGCCGCAAAACACGGCACCUUAUCCCCGCACAACCACCCUCGUCUCUGGUCUCCUCUACCCAGGCAAAAGAACAUUAACCCCCCGGACGACGACCAUGACCGGCACCGCCAACAAGGCCGCCCCAGGCGUGCCGUUUUACACCCCGGCCCAGGAGCCCCCCGCCGGCACCCCCGUCGACGUCCCCGCCGCCCCGACGCUCUUCCAGCCCCUCCAGAUCCGCGACCUGACCCUCAACAACCGCAUCUGGGUCUCGCCCAUGUGCCAGUACUCCGCCGACAAUGGCCACAUGACGGACUACCACCUCGUCCACCUAGGCCAGUUCGCCCUGCACGGCGCGGCGCUGACCAUCAUCGAGGCCACGGGCGUCGAGGCCCGCGGCCGCAUCUCCCCUGAGGACGUCGGUCUGUGGCAGGACUCCCAGGUCGCGCCGCUGAAGCGCGUGGUUGAUUUCAUCCAUUCACAGAACCAGGCUGUGGGGAUCCAGCUUGCUCAUGCCGGCCGCAAGGCGAGCACUUUGGCGCCGUGGAUUACGGAGACCAAGGGCAAAGCUCUUGCGCUGGAGAGCGAGGGCGGGUGGCCUGAUGACUGUGUUGCGCCGAGCUCGAUUCCGUUUACCGAAGGAUGGGCUACGCCACGGGAGUUGACUGUUGAGGAAAUUCAGGGCGUGGUGAAGGCCUUUGCCGAGUCUGCGAAGAGGGCUGUCGAGGCGGGUGUCGAUGUCAUUGAGAUUCACGGCGCGCACGGCUACUUGAUUACGCAGUUCCUCUCUCCUCUGACCAACCAACGCACCGACAAGUACGGCGGCAGCUUCGAGAACCGCACCCGCAUCCUCUUCGAAGUCAUCAAGGCCGUCCGCGACGUCAUCCCGUCCGGCAUGCCGCUCUUCCUGCGCAUCUCGGCGACGGAGUGGAUGGAGUACGACGGCAAGCCCUCGUGGGUGGUCGAGGACUCCAUCAAGCUCGCCAAGCUCCUCCCCGAAGCCGGCGUCGAUCUGCUCGACGUCUCCUCCGGCGGCAACAACGAGGCGCAAAAGAUUGAGAUCUCGCCGUACUACCAGGUCAGCAUCGCGGGCAAGAUCCGCGAGGCGCUGGCCGCGGAGGGGAAGAAGCUGUUCAUCGGCGCCGUGGGCAUGAUUUCGAGCGGCGAGAUGGCGCGGAGCAUCGUGCAGGCCCGGGGCUCUGGUUCCGCGGAGGCGAAUGGGCAUAAUGGUGUUGAUCAGGGGAAUGCGGCGACGCUGGAGGUGGACGAGGAGCACGGGCAGGUGACGCAGGCGGACGCGGUGUUUGUGGCGAGGCAGUUUUUGCGGGAGCCGAAUUUCGUGUAUAAGAUUGCGGACGAGAUUGGGGUGAGGAUUAAGUGGGCGAAUCAGUACCACCGGGCGCCGCGGAGGAAGCAUUGACUACAUGGUCGGAAGAAGGAGGGCGCGAAGCUCUGAUAUUAGAAGGAAAAUUGAUGAUGCAAGGGGGUAUAGAUAAGAGACGAGAUGAGGAAAUAGUAGUCUGCGUAGAACCCAGACAAGACAGAUAUAUAGACCACCGCCUCGAGGUUGAGAGAGAAGCAUCCAGUAGAUGGACGCUGAGUCUUGAUAGAUGGCUAGACUUUUGAGAGUCCUGGAAUCGAUUUUGAGUAAUUUACACGAUUCCUGCUCGUUGAUUUUGAAGUGUCUCAUAAAACUUGAGCCCAUCUGCCUCUGAAAGUUUUAUCCCAGCGAUUGAUGGAAAGAUAACCCUGGUCAAGGGGUCUUGGCACCUCGAUAGAAUCUUGUUAGAGU